CUCGCUGUAAAACGGACCGCUUUCCCUCCUUUUUAUCCGCUUUCGCGCGUGUUUCACCCGCGUUUCACGGGUCACGUGACACGGCCGCUGCAGUUACCAUGGCGACGGAGGCGUCACGGGCCGCCGGGAGCGCCGCCGGAUCCGACCGCGGGAGACCGAGAAGAACCGAGACGAACCGUGAGAUAAGGCGACGGGACCCGUUUGUUUACGAGCGGCACAGGGUCAUCACCUGUCGGUGAGAAUGGAGCAGCAGGCGAAAGGGCAGUCGGCGAAGAAGUCUUCGGCUGGGAAAGCGGCAGCGGAGCCGGUGGCGUCGGAGGAAGAGCUCAACCUGCAGAGAGAGUACGACGCACUGACUGACACCCUGAAUGACCUUAGGAGGAAAGCAGACACUCUUCGCCGAGAGAACGAGCUCCUCCAGGAAGAGGCCAACCGGACGCGCACGGAGAGCCAAGAGUACGCGGACUACAUGGCGGGAAAGAUGGAGAACCGGCAGCGCGCGGCCGCCGCGCUCGGCCGCCACAACGAGGACGAGCUGCGGAGGCUGCGGAAGGAGGGCGAGGCCACGCUGGAGAGAUACACCGAGCAGGCAAACGAGCUCAAGGAGGAGAUCCUGCGGAAGGAGGAGGAGCUGCUGUCCCUCAACGCCGAGAUCGCCGAGCUCAUGGAGUUCAAGAACCUGCAGCAGGAGCAGUUGGGUCGCAUCGCGGAGCUGCAGAACGAGGUGGUGGCCACACACCUGAGCCACUCGCAGAGCCUGCAGGCCCUCAAGACAGGCUUCCUGAGCGAGAAGGAGAGGUACGAGGCGCAGGCCAAGCAGAAGGUGCACGCCCUGACCCUGGCCGCCAACCGUGAGGCGCCGUCCUGCCUGAUGUCCCACGCGCAGGAAGUGACCCAGGAGAACCAGCAGCUGCGGGAAGAGCUGCGCCGACUGAUCCGGCAGGCGCAGGCGCUGCGUACUCAGCACGGCCGGCUGCAGGAGCAGCGGCAGCAGCUGCUCCUGGACAGAGAGCACACGCACAAACUGCGCAUGCUGGUGACCGAGUUGGCGGGGGCGUCGCCCCCCUAGACAAACGCAGGUGCCCGGGCCUGCGGAACCAGGGAACGCUCCCACAUUCCCAUUCCCAGUGAAUAGCAGGAGCCCCGAUAGAGACAUUGAGGUGAACUCAUAAGAGGCAGCAGGGGGCGCAGCUAUGCACUCAAUUCCAGGUUUGAGUCCCACCUUGUGCUGCAGUUCUCUACAUUUAGAUAAAUCACUGCUAGAUGCUUUUCGGAGGAACAUAAGCUAAAUGUAAAUCUGCACUUAUGUUUGACAUUUUCAUAAUGAGCCGUUAAUUCCCAACUCACGGGCUACUCAAAUUUUAGGAUUUUUACAGUAAGAUCAGGAGUCCAGAUACUAUUAAAUUGCAGCUUUUUUUCCAUGUAAAGACUAAAAUCAACAAAUCAUGUAAUUUGUUAAAAGGAAGUGAAAACCAAACAAAUUGUAAGGAGACCCAAAAAAAAAUUAAAAAAAAUACUUUCAAUGUCUUGCUUAAGCGCACACACACUUUUGACUGCACUGUUACUGUGUUCACAUUUGACCAGUCAUGUUCCACGUGUCCUUCACACUUUACUCGUUGAGAUGUAAUAGUUGGAUUUAGACUUCCGCUCCUAGUUUCUGCCCUGAGCGGAAGACCCACCAGGGAACUUAUUUGACCCAUAAUUCGGAAAGAGGGCAGCAGACUAGAGGGACACGUGAUGGUUUCAUAUAAGAGGUAGUU